AUCUAUCCCGAUCUUUGGUUAACACAGAAGUCUGAUAUAAGGUACAUGGUAUACACAGUGUAUAUAAACGGUGCCAUACUUUGGUAGAAUUACCGGAAAAUCAAGGUGUGCUCUCUGCAAAUCCAAACAUGAAGGUCCUCGUCAUCCUUGCAGUCGUUGUUGUCGUUGCUUCCGCCAGAACCCUAACCAGGGCCAAGAGGUCAAACAGGAAUCGUGACGACAACGUCAUGAACGCCGCUAAAUCAAUCAUCGCCUCUGCAAACGACGUGGAUAAGCAGAACAACAAGGACAAGAGAGAUUAUGAAUAUUACUACGCCAAAUACAACUACGAUAACUACGGAUUGUACGCAGUUGGUGCUGUGGUUGACUAUGGAUACGUGGAUUAUUCUGCAACCGGGUUGUAUUACUAUGACGUAUCCCAGGACGAUAUUAACCAGAAGUUGGCCGCGAAAGAGGCAAAGAAACAGACAGAAGGCGCUGAGUAGCUCGAGACAACAUGUCACGACAAACAUUCUGACUUGUAACAAUAAAGUGUCUGAAACAUU